UCGCAUUUAUUGUAUUCGGUGCUCGGCUGUUCGCUGGCACACGCAAACUGUGUCAAUACAAAAGUACACCACCAACUGCAGUUGACUACUGACAGUUGCUGCACGAGCACCACACACAGGACAAACAGGAAAAAGGACUCUGCCUGCCUGCAGGACUAAACAAGGACUCACUGGAGAGAGUGUGUGUGCCAUAAAAGUUGCCGCCACACUUGCAGAGAUGUUUCCACAGGCCGAGCUGGAGAACUACAAGCUGCAGGUGGAGCUGCUGCAGGAGAAAUUGCAACGCAGCGAGGACAAUCGCCAGCAGCUGGAGCACAAGCUGGAUAAAGUCUUACAAAAGCGCAGCGAGUUUGAUAAGUGCGUGCGGCAAAAGAGCAGACAGAAGUACCAAGAAUUUCUGGAGGAGCAGGCGAAACGCAAUGAGCGCAACAAAAAGCUAGUUCAGAUGCUGGAGCGCAUUGAUGAGCAGACGGCAGCGAUGUCGCAGCGCAGCGAGCGACUCAAAAUGAUGAAGUUGCAAUACCAAAUGUACUUUGCUAAAUUGGUGCAGCAUCAAACGCUGCGCAGCAUUCAACAGACAACAGCAGCAACAACAGCAAUGCCAGUUAUGUUGCAACCACAAGCAGCAGCAAUAUCGAAUCCAACAGCAACAACUGCUGCUGGAGUUGCGACUUCAGCUGGUCAAUUGCUAAAUCCAAAUCCAACGCAGCAGCAAUGGGCGUAUCCAGCACAGGCUGGCAUGUUAUUAGCGCCACAGUUUACGCCUCAGCCAAUGUAUAUGCCGAUGCCAGUGCCAGAUCUUUAUGGAGGCAUGAGUUUGGGCGGUGGCCAGGCAUUGGGCACAUCCAAUCUGUUCGAUCUGCGCGCCACGUUGCGUGCCCUGGACAAUGAGAAUGCCGAUUUGCCGGAGCGCAUGACACGCUCAGCAGCAGCAGCAGCAGGUGAAUAUCAAGGAGACAGAGGAGCAACACCAGCAACAUCCACAACGACGACGCCUUGUUCGCCGACAAGAGACAAAAGCGUCGCCAGAGAGCUGAGCAGCACAUCGUCAACAUCGCUGGCAACAUCCUCGUUGACAUUUGAUAAAUUGCCAAAGACGGCAACGCUGACUGAGUUGACUGAGACGCCAGCAGCAGCAGCAGCAUCAUCGGUAGUUGCAGAUGUUGCCGAUGACGUUGGGCGACCACAAAUGGCAGGGCUACGCAGGGGCAGCCAACAACAACAGCAGCAGCAGCAACAGCAGCAAAUGGAGCAACAUCAGGAUGCUUGGCCAAAUUCACGCGUGACUAAAGUCGAGCAUGAAAAAUCGCCAAGUGUCGCUGGCCAUAAUGAGCCGGGCCAACAACAACAGCAGCAACACAAUUUCGAAGCAUACUUUGGUGAGCUGAAAAUCGAUGAGCCCUGGCAGCAGCUACCAUCCACAACAACAACAGCAGCAACAACGAGACCGAGAGAAGACAAACUGGAGCUGAACGUGCGUGCAACUGGCAACGGAGGUGGCAAUGGGAACGGUGUUGGUGUUGGCUUGGUUGGUGGCAUCAGCAACGAUUUGCUAGACGAAGUCAAAGCCAGCCGUGCAGCUCUGCAGAAGGCAGCGGCUGCGGUUGAUGAGCAGCUCGCAAGAGGUAAUCAAUUGUCGCCAACGGCAACGAGUAACAUCAGCAACAUCAGCAACAUCGGCAAUGAGGCAGCCGCUAAGCCCAGAGUGUCGAUUGAGAAUAUUGAAAAUGCCAUUUACGGGGAACGUUUGACAGGCUCAGCCACAGCCACAACAGCAGCAGCAGUCGUGGCAACACCAACGCUGGGAUUAUUCGAGAAUGCAGAGCAAGAGUUGGAUGUGGACAACGCAACACACGAUGCGGCUCAGAUCGAUUACGGACAGUAUGAUGCCAUUAGUUAUGGAGAGACAGGUGAGCCCAGCUACGCCAGCAUCGAACAGCAGCAGCAGCAACAGUUGCCGUCGAGCGGAGCCGGAGAGCCGCUUUACAGUGAAAUCGGAAAUCCCACAGACUAUCAGCCAUAUGCAGCGGAUGCAGCGAACGGAGCAGCAACAACUCAGGAGUUGAGCCCAGCAGAUGGAGCUGAAGGAGCAGCAGCAACUGCGGGAGGGGAAGCGGAGACGCAGCAGCAACAGGAGUACUCCAAUAUGGAUUACAGCAACUACGAUGCGGCGCAGUAUGCAGCUGGCUAUGAUCCCAAUGCCUAUCCGGGCUACAUAUACGACGAGACAACCGGUCAGUAUAUAGCCGAUCCCAAUGCUGCGCAGUAUGCCCCAGAUGGCAGCUAUGCCACACAGGACUAUGAUGCCGGCACAGCCAACUAUGAUUACUAUGGCGAGCAGCCACAACAGGAGCAACAGGAACAACAGCAGCAGGAACAGCAACAACAACAACAGCAGCAGGAAGUCGCGUAUCCAAUGUCCGAGAAUAACAGCGAGGCAGGCGAGUUGCUGUUGCCACAGGAAGUGGAGCAGGCAGCAGCAACCACCGCCACAGCAGCAUCGUUGACCCCUGCUGAUGGCGUUGAUGCAAAAAGCGAAGCCACUCCCGCACCUUCAGCAUCGAAACCUGUCAAACCCACAUCGAUUCUUGCGACGACAGACAAACAAGCGGCGCCUAAUGAUGCGCAUCAGCAGCAGUCACAGCAGCAACCACAGCAACAGCAGCAGCCAAAGAAGAAGAAGCGCGUUAAUUUCGUUGACAGCAGCGAAACGGAUGACAGCUCAAGCGCGAAACCAGUCCAGCAGGAGACAACGACAACGACAAACUCCAACAGCAACAACAGCAACCAUCCACAAGCUGCAACAACUUCUCAUCCUCCGGGUGGCAGCGAGAGUGACUUCGAUUUUUCAACGGGCAGCGAGGCGAAGAAUUAG